CUAGCACUAACCGGCACCCUCGAUCUUUAUCAAAUAUUUUAUUCUCACGGCGACAAACGGCAAGAGGCAUGUUUUGUUGUCGACCCCACUCUGGAUCGUAACUACGUACACACUCUCCUUGCCUAAUUUUCCGGCCCCAGGGCUGUCCGUCGCUCCUUUCAAAAUUAACGCUAUCAUCAUGCGUUUUCCUUCCUUAACAAUGUUAAGCUCUACUGCUCUUUUUCUCUUGCUGCUCGACGUCUGCUACGCCCAUCCCAGUCCCCGUCCACACGAUGAACACCUGGGACCGUGGCAACGACACGCCGCCCGUGACAUGCGCCGCCGCUCGUCGUUCCAUGUUGGCGGAAGCAAUGAAGGUCAUCUGAAGAAACGCGGUUCUUUCACGUAUUACGAAGUGGGACUAGGUGCCUGUGGUGGCACGAAUGUUGCCAGUGACUAUAUCGUCGCCCUCAAUGCUGCUCAAUGGGACGGUGGCUCUCACUGCUACGAAUCUGUAACAAUCACCAUCAACGGGCAGUCGGUGCAGGCGCAGAUAGUUGAUGAGUGCCCAGGAUGCGGGUCGGGUGAUCUGGACUUUUCUCAAGGGCUUUUCCAGCACUUUGCUGAUACUAGUGUCGGUGUCCUCACUGGAUCUUUCUCCUUUGGAUCCGGCACGACGAGCUCGCAGGCGCCUACGACGACCCAGCAGCCUACCACUAGUUCAACAUCUACAUACACUCCGCCGAGCACCACGUCUACAAGUCAAUACACGCCCACGACUACGAGCACAAGUACGCCGCCGCCUACAACGUCUACCAGCAGUACCUCCAGUACUCCGUCGACCACAUUGACAAGCAGUAGCAGCAGUAGUAGCAGCAGCAGCAGCAGUACCCACAGCGCGCCUCUCACCUCUACAACAACCACUUCCUCUGAUUCUUAUGGCGGUCAACAAGUUCUGGAGCACAUGAAUGCCUUUGUGGUUCAACUAGCCGAGCUGGCAGUCUUAGGCGCCAAACAGCUUUGACAAGCGCAUUAGGGACCCAGGUGUUGGACAUAUAAAUUAUCAAAUAGAUACCCGUUCACGCGAUUCUGUUUUCCUCGGUUUGUUGUGGUAAUACAUGGCAUGGCUCUUUCGGAUACGUACUCCACGAGGACCAACUAUCCUACCGUGACCUUUUAUUUGUGUCUAAUUCUUUUUCUCCCACUUAACAGUUGACGUUCUCUUGACUGGACUUCUCGGUAUGCUCCACAGUCAACGUUACUUAUUAACUGAUGUCACCCUCCUUUUCGAGUGUGACAUGGACAUCUAGACCCAAUUUUUGGAUCAUUAAAAUGGCAUUAUGAUGAACAUAUGAU